AGAGCAAGGAAAGAACGAAAGCAGGGAAAACGGGAGGCGUGAUGUUUGCUAGCGAUACAAGCUAAUUGAAAGUGUCAGUGUGGAGAUAAGGGUGUUGCAUCAUGGAGAGCGUGAAAAGAGACACGGCUCCCCUUUCGAGUUCUUUUCUUCUCGUCGAUGACCGAUAAAAAUCGUGCUCACACCCCGCACGAACGACGGAGAAUGUGUAACGAGGGGGGACGAUAAAGGAACGCUGACAGAAUGACAGUCGACCGACUCAUUCAACAUCGUGUAGUGAAUUUAUGAUCGAGUUAAUAACAGAACAAAUAGCUGAUUGCUCUUGAUAACCUAUCCAUUCGUUCACCCUUCUUCCACUCUUUUUCAUUUAUACGCGAUUGUUCUUCGAUCAUUAUUUAGUACAAAUUAAAAAUUGCAGUCAUAAAUCCAAGACAUACAUCUGUAGCAAAUUCGUGAUCAUUUCUCCAAGAUAGAAUACAUAGCUUUUUCUGCAGAUGAAUAUAUUUGAAAUCUUUCCGGAAAUUCGACGGCAGCAUAACAGUCGCUUCUUUAUGGAACCUGGAAUUCACAAAGGUGUUGCCACCAACACAUAGCCACUCUUGUCUCGUUUUAUACCUCCUCUUUAUCGUCUUAUCACUGAAGACGUCUUUAGCCAUGGUCCUGUUCCCCCUUGCUUCUUCCACAAGACAUUGCCAGGACUGAUAACAUUUAUUUCAAGAAAUAAGGCCCUGCUCGUACAACGAGCGAACAAAGAGUGAAAAUAUUUCUGUAUUCCAUGGUGGUUGAAAUACAUUAAUCGUGCGUAUCGUGUUAAAAUUCUAUGGAACACGUUCCAGUAUUAAGAACUAUUCUACAUAUUAGUUGAGGGGCAAGUUAAUUAUUAAUAAGAAAAGUUAAGAUUGCAAAAUUCAUCAAUUAACAAAAGAUCAUCGAUCUCUAAAAACGUGGAACCAUAAUUGUACUUUCUACGGAUCGAAAAAGUCUGAGCACAACGGACCUCGUCUACUUAGCUCCAGUUCGGGAGGCAAUACCCCUGCAACAUUGUCUUCGGAGGGCAUCAAUGUCAGCCGGAUGCGACCUGACCAUCGGCUGCGACCGAAAAGGUGAGAAAAGCAACGGUAGUACGAUAAUCUGCGUAACAGACACACAACCGGUGGUUCGACUUUGUCAAACGGCUAGUCAGGAAAGCGAGAAGAGGAAGAGGAAACGUUAGCGACGAAGAAGGAACACCUCCACCUGUUGAACGCGCUUGUGUCCUCGGUCCGCCAUGUCGGCGAAGGAGCCAAUCGUGGGUGUCCAUUAGCCGUGGACGAUGGUGGGAGAGAAGGAAGAUUGCUGGUUGGCCGAUCCUUGUUUCCCCGCGUCCCACGGGACUCCGGCUACUCCGCGGCUCACCGAUUCCUCCCUGGCUCAUCCCAGACCCCGACGUCACCGAGGUCCUGACGGAUCCUUGCCAGUCCUCGUCACGGACGGUAUCAAUCACACUUGCUGCUGCUCGUUCCGCGUCGGUUCCGUUCUACGCACGUCGUGGAUGACCUGUUGAUGACUCAAGAAUGACCCCGUGAGUGGAAACGAUGUGGAAGUUCCUUGGAUAAUCCCGACCGAGUGAACGUUCGAGUCGGAUCCACGUAGAAACUGCAGGACUAGAUCGUGUUUGUGUUUGGAAGAUGAGCAUAGUGACGGAAAGAAUUUUUGUAAGGAUGAGAUGCGAUACGGUGAUCGUAUCGAGGGAGGGUCAUUAAUCGAGGUUCGAGUCGGUGAGGUCGAUCGUCUGAGAGGAUUCGAAAGAUAAAACGGUAGAGAUGUCGUCGAAAACUCUUCACAAUGAACAUAUCAAGAGACCUAUGAACGCGUUCAUGGUUUGGUCACGAGGUCAGCGACGGAAAAUGGCUCAGGAAAACCCUAAGAUGCACAACUCUGAGAUUUCGAAGAGGCUCGGGGCCGAGUGGAAGCUGCUCAGCGAGAGCGAGAAACGACCCUUCAUUGACGAAGCCAAAAGACUUAGAGCCCUCCACAUGAAGGAGCAUCCCGACUACAAGUACCGUCCUCGCAGGAAGCCGAAAUCGCUGGUAAAGAAGGAAAACAAGUUUGGCUUCUCGAUAUCGCCGUUGAUGUCCUCGGGUGAAACCCUAGGCAACAUAUCGAGAGGUCUGUUACCUCCUCUAGCGCCUCCGUCCCAUCACACCCUGAUGAGCCACGAGGACCUCAAGAUUCCUCGAUUUUUCCCGCCGUUUCCAUACCCUCUCUACCCUAUUCAGCACAAGCUCGGAGAGGAGUUCAAUGGCGGCAAACUGGCUGCAGACUUAGCCUUUCAAGCCCUCUACGGAGGCAGCACCUUUUACUCGGGUCAUCAGACGAUGUCCUGGCCAGGGCUAUCCACGGCCACCUGUAUCCAACCUAACUGCGGUUGUCCGAGUCCCCCGAAGGACCCGAAGAGGCCGUACGUGCCCACGAAACUGGAAGACAGAUCGUUUCCUAGUCCAGGAAAGCCCGAAGACGAUGGAUUCCCGUCGGACAGAGACUCCAGCAGGGAGGAGCGGUACAGAAAGAUGGACGAGGACACCUUCUCGUCGUCCGUGGACAGACACCAAGAAGAUAGGUCCCAAGAUCGUUUCUCUUCGUCUUCGUCGUCCUCGCCGACUGAUCAGACCGAAAAGGUGUCCAACACUGUCUCCACGACACCGAACACGACGGCCACGAAAGUAGAGAGUCCGUUCUCGGUUCAGAAUCUAACGUCAUCCAGCUCGAACUUGAGUGCUCAUCACGGCCACGUCAUAUGAAGGCCGCUUCCGGUUCUCCCGGACCUCAACUUCCGGGGGAACCUGGUACCCGCUGGAUGGCCCAGUACCGACUGGUGGAGAGUCCCACCGAUGCUGUCCCCGAUUCCUCAGGCCACCGUCACGAAUCUGAACGCAGCAAAAGAGGACGAGAUGCAAUUCCAAGUGGAUCAACAAAGGACCUCGGUGAUGGCUAGGUCCAGGAACAUUCACAUCGCCAAUGUACAGUGAUCCCUCGUGAAGAUUGCACGAUGAAGAAUGUUCUAUCGGAGGUCUGUGUGAUUAAGUCUUAACGUGACACUGCGAGUAAUCAAGUAAUCGAUUUGGACAGUGUAAGAGUUCUUGGAGUUUGAAACUUCGGGAAUGCAUAUGCUAAUCCUGCGAAGUCCACGGUGGGUUGGAAACGGACUCGUAACUUGUUGCAUUGUGUGAUAAUUUGACGAUUCUACAUUUAGUGCUGGCAUUUUUUUUUAAGGUAUACAGGGUGGAACUAACUUUGAUUAUCUGGAUUAUUCUGGGGGUAGAUUUACAAAAGUUAAGGUGUCUGACUGCCAUUUAACUCGUUCAUAAUCUAUCAGUUCAGAUAGUAUUACGUUGUUGAUGCCUGUUAAAAACACAUUGUGAAACUUCAUCUGCUCAUACUUUAACAAAGAACUUUAAAAGUAAUUACAAUUGCAAACUGCAGCAUAAAAGCAUAAAGGUUAUAUUACUGUUUUAAAGUUAAAACGAUCAAAGUUAGUAGGAGUUCCAUCCUGUACACAGAACCUUUAGCCAAGUGUUGAAAUUUGCAUAAAGCUGGAGAAUUUUUCAAGCGAAUCGUCGAAACAGUUUGGUAGUAACUACUCGAAAGCAGUUCGAACUCAUCUUCGGACGCAAAAGAGUCCGACGUUCGUUAUGCGAGCCGACGUUGGAUAGCAAAGCCGAAUCGAUAACUCGCCACGGCCGAAAUCCCACAAAGAGAGAGAGACGGAAUGGUUCUUUCUAGCAAAGCUUGUGUGCAGGGACUCGCGGAAGAGUCCAAUUUUGAUGAGAUAACCAACCCUCUCGUGGCACAUAUUACCGUACACGCGAGCCAAAGCGGAACGGGAGAACAGAAAGAGCCGGUGGUCCAUAGAAGAGAGAAAGAGAGGGUGAAAAAAGAAAAAACCCUCUUCGAGCAGAGAGGCAAAUCUCUUCUUUGGGACUCGGCCAUGCGAAAUAAGCCAAACGUUUCUGAAUGCUAACGUAGAUGCGACACAGCGGACCUGUACACACGUUAUAUACCCCCCUCGCGAGAUCAUUUUAUUGCGUCGCGGUGCCCAGCGUCGCGCAUCGAUACCGAAACUACCCGAUAUUUUAUCUUCAUGUCUCAUAUUUUCAGUAAUUGGUGUUGCAACAAGAUUAAGACUGUAGAAAUUUCUGAUACAGUAAAUUCGAAGUCUCUGAAAAUUUUCGAAUCCGAAACUAAUUUACAUGGCCAAUAAAUGAGUGUACAAUUGGUGAAAAAGUAGCGCAACUAAAAUGAAUAGAAACAUUUAUCGUUGUGACGCGAAAAAGUGCAACCUCGAAAUUUUUUACUGUGAACCUUCAAACGACCGGGCAGCAAUGAUAAAGCGAUCAAUUCGGUGAAAUUGUUUGCAGAUACGGUAUUCUGUAUACGAAUCGUUGAAUUCGUUAUGAACAAGCCCAGGACAACGCUUGUAGCUGAUUUCUCAACGUUCAGUGUCCGUAUUUUUGAAAUUUUACACGCUUGUUUUGGUCCCGGCUCGCGCCACCCCCGUCGCUCGUAUUUUUCAGCCGAAAAAUGAAAACGACACGGUAUAAUGGAACGUAAUUUCCGUGGACACUUUCCCUAUAGAAAAUGUAUACAGUAAAUGGUAACGAUCGUAGGAAAUCGGCGUAUCACGUGGACCGGUUGCAGGAUUAUUAAGAAGCAUUGUACUGUAUCGUAUAUAAAGAAUAGAAACAUAUCCUUCCACGUAUUCAAGUAAGUUCCUUUCGAUCGUCGUAAGCUUUUUUUUGGAAACAAAGGAGAACGGUAGCGAUCGUAUAAUCCGUCGAACUCUUUGUUAACACUAGAAUAACCGGGACUGUUAUCUAGCUUUAAAGUAGAGUUUAUGUAAUUAUGUUGGUUCUUGUUUAAGAUGAAAAUCUUUUGUAAAUUUAGGAAUUCCUAUGUGGACAUGCACACCUCGAUAAAUUUGAACCUAGUUUUUUUAUAAGCUUGGUUGUUCUAGUGUUACAUCUCGAAAACGCUGGCUGCGUUGAUUCCCCGACAUACACGUAAUCAUUGUUAAUUAUCUGCUGUAAUA